AUGAACUCCGAAGACACCUCCUCCCAGCAUCCGGGCCCCGUGCCCCACGAUGAAUCCGACAUCACCCUGGCCGACGACGACCCCAGACAUCAAGAGUUCAGGGAGCGCUUUGCGAAGACGGAGCAGCGCAUCGCCGCGCUCCUGUCCGGCACCUUCGACCUGCCCGCCUUCGCCGGACUCGCCGAUGGCGAUGCUUCUGCCAACACCGCGUCGGCUGACCGCGCCGAACCCCAGUCGCAACCCGCGCCGGCGCCCAAGAAGCCCGCUCGGACAAUUGACGAGGAUGAUUAUGGCGACGACGACGACGAUGACGAGGCCGACGAGCCUCCGCAGGCCGAGUCACCGCUGCAGACAAAAAGCGCCGCUGCUACCAAUGCCUCCAGCUCCCUUCUAAAAGUUCCCUCCUCCCUCCCCGCGAAAUCCUCCAUCGACCGCGCUGCCUCCACCUCCUCUGCCGACCAAUCCAAGAACGCCGAAGACGUGCGCAAGGAGCUCAACGAGCAGAAAAAGGCCGCCGAAGAUGCCGCGCGCCGCUCGUCCCAUAGACUUUUCUACACACUUGAGACAGACCGCGAUGCCAUGUUGGAGCAGCAGAAGCUGGAUGAUCUGGACCGUCAAGUUGAGACGGAGAUGUCUGGCCAGUCUGCCCAGGCCGUGAACAAUGCCGCCGCCGCCAGCGCAAACCAGCAAGGCUCUUUGAGCAGCGCCAACUUGGGCUCUUCGAGCUUGACAUUCAAACAUCUCAUUUCUCGUAUCGAUGCGAAGCGCAACUUGGUCAGAGCAUCGGACGCGCAGCUGCGCAGCUUGAUGAGCGACGUGCGUAAGAAUCGGAGUAAAUGGGCUAGUGAGGACAAAGUCGGCCAGGAAGAGCUUUACGAGGCUGCCGAGAAGGUUCUCAUGGAACUCAAGGCCAUGACGGAACAUGCAGCCCCUUUCCUGCAGCGCGUCAACAAGCGCGACGCGCCAGACUACUACCAGGUCAUUAAGCAACCAAUGGACAUUGGUACGAUGAUCAAGAAGCUCAAGUCCCUUCAAUACCGGUCCAAGAAGGAAUUCGUCGACGACCUGAACCUCAUCUGGUCCAACUGCCUCAAGUACAACGCCGAUCCCUCACACUUUUUGCGCAAGAAAGCGCUUUACAUGAAGAAGGAGACGGAUAAGCUCGUUCCGCUCAUCCCGGAUAUUGUCGUGCGCGACCGCGCCGAGGUGGAGGCUGAGGAGAGACGGAUGCAGAGCAUUGAUGCUGACCUUGAAGGUGUCGAGGAUAGCGAUGAUGAACCCAUUAUGGCUUCGAGAGGUCGCAAAGCACCCAGUAAAGGCAACAAAGGAUCUGCCGCAGUGAGAAAAGCCCCUUCAGCAGGCACUGAAGGAACACCUGGAGCGGAGACCAAGCCCAUGCCUGGUUCAGCAAGUAUUCCUAGAACAGAAUUUUUGCGUGCGGAUUCGGAGAUGGAUGGUGGCCAGAACGGCUUUCAGACACCACCUCCGCCUGGUACUCUCACUCCGCUUGGAACCAAUGGCAUCCCUGGAACCGCAAGUCAAGCUGAUGCUUCAGACAUUGAUGCCGGUAGCUCUGUCGUUGGUGCUGCGCCAACUGAGGAUGCAGAUUUGGAUGAUGCAGAAUAUAAGACAUGGAAGCAAGUGACGAAGAAGGACAGGGCUAUGAUUGCUGCAGAACGGCAUCGCCUUUUCCGGAACGAUCACCUCAACGUUGAAGAGCCUGCUUUGAUCCGUACAAAAGCUGGGAUGCGGCGCUGGCUGCGCCAGCACAAGCAAGCUAUCCACGGAGGCGUUCCUGAGGAUGAGAUUGAAGUAGUAGAUGGCAAGGACGGUGUGCAAGAAGCAUCGGGUGAAACCCUCGCCGAAGGCAUUGAGGGUGAAGAGGAGCGUCAAGUCCCGGAUUAUUACGACACCCUAUCUGUUAUGCCAGAACUGAACGAAAGAUUGAAAUGGGCCGAAGACUCGGAAGGCCAGGUCAUCCAGCAAGGCGAAGAGUUCAUGCGCAUGGUACCCAAAGGCUAUUUCCAGUCGCCGAAAAGUAACCUGGCGACAAAGAUGGAAGCCAAUAUGCGCCAGAUGCAAGAUACUCGCAAGAUCUGCGCAAAGAUUGGAAUUGUCAAGCAAAUGCAGUUGCAGUCGCAGACAUAUCAAAACCAGUUCCAGAAAUAUGAUCCUCAGCCUUUCGAGGAAGCGGAUGCAGGACCUGUAGUCGUAUCCGAUGACGGUGCCGUCAUGUCUCAGUGGACGUGUAGAGCUGCUCUCCAGCGCAGUGUUGCAAAGGUGUUCUACCAUGCCGGAUUUGAGGAAUUCCAGCCUUCUGCGUUGGAUUCAGUCACCGACAUUGCGAGCAACUUCUUCACUCAGCUUGCCAGGACUUUCAACGUUUACCGCGAAGCACCUAAAGUCCGAUCUGAAACUGGCCCUCCUAUGUGGAAGCCUCGUUUCACCAGUGAGGAAACCAUUCUCCAUGCUCUGCGUCAAAACGGAGUGGAUCUGGAGGCGCUGGAUUCGUAUGUCAAGGAGGACGUGGAGAGGCUGGGAUCCAAGCUGGGUGUCAUGCACGAGCGCAUGAAGGCCCACCUCAACGAGCUUCUGCGUCCUGCGCUGGAUUUCAAUGCCGGGGCCGAUGGUGCCGGUGCUUUCAACGAUGGGAGCGAGCAGUUCUCUUCCGGAGAUUUCGCCGACGAGAUUGGAGAAGAUUUCUUCGGGUUCAGGGAGCUGGGUUUGGACAAGGAACUGGCAUCCUUCACAGUGCCUUUCCACCUGCUCCAGAACAGAAUCCACAAUGCUUACCAGGCGCAGAACGCAAGUACCACUUCUACGGCUGGAAACUUGUGGGAGAAUCCUGCACCAUGGGAGCCUGUUACGAUCCACACUGUGCGCAACCAAAUCGGCCUUGUUCAAGGCUACUUCUUGGAAAAAUUGCAUGCGAACAACGAUCAACCGCUCGUCGAAGACGAAGACCUACCUGCGAAACAGCGCUUUCCGAAACCGCGUCUUCCGCCAACGGGCAAGAUCUCCAGCCCCCGAAAGCGUCCGCUUCGGGAGCAGCAGCAGAUGGCCAAGAAGAAGCGGAAGCUCGAAGAAAGUCAGGGGACCGGAAAUACGCAAGAUUCGUCGCAGCAGCAGUCGUCGCAAGGUGGCGCCAACGGUACUUCGACGGCCGGUUCGGGUGCAGUCAAGGGCAUUGCCAAGCCGGUUGGCAAGCUCAAGCUCGAAGCGCCGUCGAGUAAGGAGAAUGUCGCGGAGCCAGAGAAAGACGACGCUAACGGGGUUGUUGGGAUGAUGAGUCCGGAGAGCAUUAAUGGCGCUGGGUGA